AUGAUGGAUGCUGCUGCAAAACAGCCUAAAUUAGUAACAGAGGAUGCAAAGAAAGUAUUGCCAAAAGAAAGUAUUGAGAAAAAGGAAGUGGAAGAAAACAGAUUGAAUCGAGAAAAUCGAAUUCUGAGUCAGAUGGAGCGCAGAAUUGCCACUUAUCAGCUAAGUUGUACCAAAUUUGGUAAAGACACUCAAAAAAGAUAUCAAAAUCAAACAAUGUCAAAAUCACAACUGAAAUCGUUAAAUCUCGAAGAAGUUGAAGAGGAGAAGCAUGCACUUGCUAAACAUUUGCGCUCCAUUGCUCCAUUCAAUCGCCGUUGGCAGGUGACUGAAACAAUCAAUGAAGGAACAUAUGGUGUAGUAUUUGCAGUACGUGAUGUAGAAACCGGUACAAGAGGUGUUAUAAAAGUUGCUAAAUCAGUAGGUAAUGAUGCAGGUAAUCAAGCAGCAGAAUGGGAAGGUUUCGUACUGGAAAAAAUUUAUAAAAAUAAUCCAAAUGCAAGCAUCGUGCGAUUGUUAGAUAAAGGUAUGCUUGCUGAUCAAAAUGGUGCAGGGAUGGAAUUUAUGGUACUUGAAAAAGCAGAAGUUGGAAUUGUGGAAUGGCUCAACAAUUACAGUGGUUUAAAACGGAAACUUGCAGUUACUCAAGCUAUGCUACAAAUGUUAAAAGGAAUUCAUGAUAUGCACCGAGAAGGUUUAUUGCAUCGUGAUCUGAAACCGGAUAACAUGGGUAUAUUAAGUAGUGAACAACCUUUUGUAGUACUGUUUGAUUUGGGCAUGACAAAAAUGUAUACUGAUGAAAAUGGAGAAUGUCGGACACCACGAUCAAUAUGUCCGUUUCGUGGUACCCCGGAAUGGUGCAGUGGGUGGGCAUCAAAAGGUCGUGAGCAGAAUCGUUUCGAUGACUUAAUCGCAUGGUUAUAUGUGGCAUGUGAACUUUACGACCCAACUGCUAGCGUUACACAGCCAUUGCCUUGGACAUAUCGUCAAAGCGAACGGAUUGUAAACUACUUAAAAACAAUUUAUUGUCCGGCACAAAUUUUGCUACGGCGAGCACCGAGGCAAUUCUACGAAAUUAAUACAUAUUUAAUGACAGCAAAUCGAAAUACAACACCGAAAUACAAAUUCCUUGCUGACAAAAUGAUGGAAGCAAUCAAUGAGUUGCAAGCUUUGGUCGAUCAAGAGAAAGAUGAAAAAAGUAGUGGAAAAAAACAUGGAAAGAAAGAAGCUUCAAUUAAAACAGAUAAAACACCAGCAGAUAAAACAACUGAAAAUGUUGAAAAAGUUCAAAUGAAGAAACAAACAAAAGAAAAAGGAAAAAAAUAA